AUGCGUCGAGCGCUUCAUGGGACCCAGAUCUACUUAAGCGAUCCGACUGUUUUCAAAAACAGCCUCCAAAGGACACUUGAAGCGCAUCGGUCCUCGAAUCGAGCCAGUUUAGUUCGUAAAGUGAUCAAUAGAACACCCCCCAAAGGGAUUUUCCGCCCUGAGAUUCUCUCGACAUGGAAUACCCCAAAUAGCCAGGCAUCAGAAGAGCUAUCCUCGGCUGCUACACCACAAUCCGCCUCACCCCCUAAUUCGACGGGCGCCAGGCGGAAAGCUGGGUCCCUUAGACAGGGCACUUCUGUAUGUACUUCUCAAGGAGUUCCCUCGGAGCAAAUACAGUGGGCUGCAGAUGCGGGAAACAACCGGCCUGAGCAGUCCCCAUGGAUGGACUUCUUAGGGCCAGACUACAAGUAUCUCGAUGGUGUCUCGCAGCUGGAUGCAGAGAUCCGGGCGCUUGAGAAGUAUAUGUCCCCUAAAAUCCACGAACAAGAGUAUGUGGAUCAAGUUGCCGCAGAAAUUGGCCGUUUGCUCGCAGGAAUCGUGCCUCGUCCUCCUCACCUUGUCGGAUCAUGGCGAACUGGACUGGCCAUGAGCCAUUCGGAUUUAGAAUUUGUCCUCCCGGUGCCAGACUCAGCGCGAUCUAUCGAAAGGCUUCGCAAACCGAGUGCUACACGGCCCCAAGUUCUUGAUAUUUACAAAAAUCUAUUGCGAGAUGUCGAGAAUGCUCUUCGGCGAUGUUCCUCGUUUGGAAAUCGAGUCCAUCUGCACAGUAGACGAAGUCUGGUCCUGACAGCUAUCCAUGGUCCCACCAGCAUGAAAUUGAAAUUCCGUUGCGGGGAGGGCUUGCCUCCCUCUGUUGACUACAUACGGGAUUACCAUGCCGAAUAUCCCUCGAUCCGACCGCUUUACGUGGCUUCUCGUCUUAUCCUAGAAUCACGAGGCUUAUUUGGCAGUCAUAAUUUAUCCAUCGGGUCAGAUGUUCUUGUGAUGCUCCUCGUGGGAUUUCUGAAGAUGAACCAUGGCCGAUUUCGAAUGCCAAACAGUCUAGGGGAACAACUUUUGGCCUUUCUCAAGUUUUACGGCGGCACAAUCGAUUUCACAACCACCGGGAUCUCCGUUGACCCACCUGGUUCUUUCAACGCAGAUACUGUAGAAGAAGCCAGCAGAGCGUACCACCCCGAACACAUACCUGCCCAUCUUCGUGGCCAGCGUGCGCUAAUAAACAUCAAAAGGACAGCUCUAGCGAGGCAAAACGUGCUGGCGGCCUCACGGUUGUGCCUGCAGGAUCCAGCCAAUUACAUGAAUGACAUAGGUCGCGCUUGUACACGCACCCGAGAAUUUCAGAGUGCAUUUCUGUGUGCAUACAAUCUCAUUGAUGCCUCGAUCCUUGACCGCGAGACCUCUAACCACGGCGGCCCAAUUAGUAGCCUGCUGACCCAUGCUCUUCAAGCCAACUUUGAUGGCUUGAGCAAGGUCCGCGCCCGAAUUACUUCCACUGUGGGAGGUUCGAUUCCAACCUCCACCUUGGGCAGUUAG